UAAAUCAAAGUGCAAUUGCCGGUUCUAUUGUUUGUUCUUUGUUGUUAGGACUUCUCUAGGCAGACAUCCAUUGAGGUUAGUGACCCCAAUCGGUCCCGCAAAAGUUUAAUCUUUCGUAACACCCAAACGUUGGGGUAGCUAUGUAGGCCAAUGGUUAUCAACUAAUUCGGACGAGUCAAAAAGCAAUUUGCGCCGCAAGAUUUUAUAUAAAGAAGUCACAAUCCUUGUGCUUAUUGUACACCAUCAGCAACGAAGUGGCAGCCCGGACCUUUAGGACGAACGAAACCAAUCAAUAAUACAACGCGAGACGAUGUAUCAGCCCGGUGGACAGUCGAAACAGAAAAAUCCAAGAGUAAAGGUACUCGAUCCGGAUAUUGAUUACUCCAAAGCGAAAAGCGUACACAGCAUAUCCUCCUGGUGGGGCAUCGGUGGCAUCUUUAUCGUUUUGGUUGUGGGCAACAUCACCAACUACGCCAACUCGCACCUGCCCGAUGGGCUACGCAAUGCCCACUUGACCAACUUUCCGAAUGCAUUCAUUGCCGAGCGUGCCUGGAAGGAUCUAAAGAUCCUGAACGACUUUGGACCGAAACCGACCGGCACCUACAACAACGAGGUGCUGGCCGUGGACUUCCUGAACCGCGAGAUCUCUUACAUUGAUCAGCUGAAAAAUCGCAACCAGCAGCUCGUCGUGCAGAACCAGAUCGUGUCCGGCGGGUACGUCGGGGUGUACAUGAACAAAUCGGCCGCCAACGUGUAUCGUAACGUGCAGAACGUGGUCGUAAAGCUGGUCGGACGGAGUGAAAGCAGCACCCGGCAUGCGCUUCUGUUGAACUGCCACUUUGAUUCCGUUGCCGGAUCGCCCGGGGCGAGCGAUGACGUUGGUAGCUGUGCGGUUAUGCUGGAAAUCCUUCGCGUCCUAUCGCGCCAAUCGGAUGUGAAUCGGUAUUCGAUCAUUUUCCUCUUCAAUGGAGCCGAAGAAACUCCGCUUCAAGCGUCACAUGGGUUUAUUAGUAAGCAUCCGUGGGCGGCGGAUGUGCGGGCAUUCAUCAACCUCGAAUCGGCCGGUUCGGGCGGUAAGGAGAUGUUGUUUCAGAGCGGCCCGAAACAUCCCUGGCUGAUUGAGGCGUACGCAAAAGCCGUCCCGUAUCCGUACGCACAAGCGGCGGCUGAAGAAAUCUUCCAGUCCGGUGUCAUUCCCUCCGAUACGGACUUUCGUGUGUUUCGCGAUGUCGGUCGUAUCCCUGGGAUGGACUUUGCCCACACGGCAAACGGGUACCGGUACCACACGCGGUACGAUUCGAUCGAGUAUAUCCCGCUCCAGGUGCUGCAGCGUACUGGGGACAACAUUCUCGCCCUCACGAAAACCAUCGCAAAUGGCGAGGAACUGGGCAGUACGGAGCGGUACGGGCAGGGUUAUAUGGUGUUUUUCGAUUUCCUUGGACUUUUCUUCGUGUCCUACUCGGCCGACGUUGGUCUGAUGAUCAACCUGAGCGUGGUGUUGCUGUCCAUCAUUAUCCCCUUCCUGUCGCUCGCACGUUCGACCAGCGGCACGCACGGUCGGCAGAUUCGCUCGGAGACUAUGAUUGGAUUUUUGGCAACAUUUUUGGGCGCUGGUGCGAGUGGCGUGUUGUCGUUCUUCAUCGGUGUACAGCUGGAUGCAAUUGGACGACCCAUGUCGUGGUACUCCUCAACGAACCUUAUCCUGGGUAUCUAUUGCUGCCCGGCUCUUCUGUGCCAGUGUUUGGUGCAUCUACUCUGCAAUCGGCUGUUUGGAAAUAAAACGACACCUCUGAGCUUGGCCCUUAAAGUACAAGCCCGGUUGAACGGAGUGAAUCUUUUUUGGGGCAUGAUAACGCUCGGUAUCACUUUCACCGGGUACCGGCUAGCGUACAUCUUCAUGGUCCUGAUCCUCUGCUCGCUCGGCUCGAGCAUACUCAUCUCAAUGUUUGGCCUGCAGAACACGGUCCACAAGUGGCUGCUACUGCACGUGCUCUUCCAAAUUAUGGCACUGGCCUGGAGCACCCAGUUCUAUCAUAUUUUGAUGAAUAUGUUCGUCCCGAUUACCGGUCGCAUCGGCUCGUCCAUCAACCCGGACGUCAUCAUCGGUGCGAUGGCCAGCUUUGCCACGCUCUUCAGCUGCAGCUACCUGACGCCGCUGCUGUUUCUGCUCAAGAAAACCGACAAGCUAAUCGGUGAGCUGGUGGCCAUAACGGUGAUCGCAAUGGUGUUGGCCUCAUCGACGCACGUCGGGUUCCCGUAUCGGGACGACGCGUUCAAGGCACCGGCCGUACAACGCCACUAUAUCACCCACACUUUGCGCACGUUCUACGACUACAAUGGGGGCGAGCGGUACACGGACUCGGGUUUCCUGCUGCAGGAGCUAGAUCGGAACGCGAAGAAGACGAUCGAGGGUAUCGCAAUGCCGGACGCAGUAACGCCGAUGCGUGAGAUUGCCGCCUGCGAGAAGGAGCUGUUCUGCGCCAUACCGUUCUACUCGAUCUGGCAUCAAGUUUUGUUUGAAAACUAUUGGCUUCCGGGACCCGCACCAGUCGUACGGCAGAUGGUCACCGUUUCGUUGCGGGAAAAAGAACAGCUGAACGAACACGAACACCGGCUGCACUUGGUGCUGAAAGGAAGCUUCCAGUGUUCACUCGUCAUCGGCCCGAAGGCGGGCGCAACCGUAAUGAACUGGAGUCUGCUCCAGGAGCUCCCGGCACCGAUCGAAUUCAACGGUCAGCGGGGACACUUUGUGCUACUGACUGCCGGCGUCGAGAGUGAACCGAUGAACAUAACGUUGGACAUUAGGCACGAGCUAAAAAAAUACGACGGUCCCUUGGUUGACCUUCUGGUCACCACCACGCACUGGGAGUACCGCAAGGAGCACACACCGGUAUUCAAUCGACUGCUAGCGCGUGUACCGUCCUGGGCACACGUCGUCCCCUCGGUGGCCGCCGUCAACAGCUACACUUUCUAGGCGGAAAUCUUUUACCAAUCAGCGUGCCUACUACGUUGAAUAUCACGUACUACCCAUAUUCGAUGCGAUCCGCGUAUCUCUUUGUCUCUCUUCCCGAUUUUGAUAUUAUAAAAACGAACUAACCUUUCAUACAACAAACGCAAAUUUCUUCAAACUACGCAAUUACGUUCUAUAAAAGAAAAAAAAAACUAAAAGUACACAAACACCUCUACCCGUUUGUUCCAAGGGCUAUUAUUAUUCGCUAGCGCAGUUGAAACUUUUACAAAACUGUAGCAAGAUUUCUAGUAAGAUAAGCUAAAGGCUAUGUUUAGGGCAAUGCUUCACUCUUAAAAAGACAAACUCUUUUAGAAGGUCAAAUCUCUAUUACUCGAUUAUUGUUUAUUGAAUGGGUAUUAUUUAGCACAACCAUUGAAAGGAGUAUAAAGACGGUAUCUUUAGUGCGGGCUACUUAUUGAUAUUAUUCGCGUAUUUAAUCAUAUUAUACUUUUCUCAAGGAAAAAAAAAUAGAUAUCCAAAGCAAAUCUAUUCUGCAUUAGAAAUCGGUGCAAUCUGUUUUUGUCGAUAUUAAUCUCGUAUCCUUCGACGAACCAAAGGCUUUAUUGCAAAACAAAAAAAAAACGAUAGGGGAGAAAAAAUUAGUGACAUUUUCGAUAUUUUCCUCCCCUCUAGAAUACCUUUCUUUAAACGCACAGAACAUUGCAUUAUUGCCAAGUAAGUUGACGUAGGUCAGUGACAUAUUUAAUCUCGUACGCGGAUUUUUCCGUUCACUCCAACGCAACGCCUUUCAAUUGUUCGGUAAGAGAAAGCUUUAAGAUAAUUCAUUGCACGCCAACGAAUCUUUCGUACGUUUGAGUUGGUAUGCAUUGCAUACUCGGAGAUAUUAGAGACACACAAUCACACACAAACACACAGAAAAACACACACAGACACGCAAGCAAUUCUAGGAGUAAUCGAGCUGUUUUUAUGAACUAAUAAUUAUAGAAUAAAAAGAACAAAGCG